UCCAGCCCCACAUUACUAAGCUAAGGAACGUGACGGCUGUGGAGGGCAGUGGUGCUAUGAUCUCCUGCAAGGCUGAGGGUGAACCUUUGCCUGAAAUCUCCUGGAGGAGAGCAAGUGAUGGGCACAGCUUUUCAGAUGGAGAUAAGAGUCCAGAUGGCCGUGUGGAGGUGCGAGGCCGUUAUGGUGAAUCCAUGCUGACUAUUGUUGGAGUCAAGCUAUCUGACUGGGGACGUUUUGACUGUGAGGCUCUCAGCAGGAUCGGUGGACAUCAGAAGAGCAUGUUCCUGGAUAUUGAGUAUGCACCAAAGUUCCAAACCAGCCACACUAUAUUUUUCUCAUGGGAAGGGAACCCGGUCAACAUCAGCUGUGAUGUUAUGUCUAACCCUCUAGCCACAAUGCUGUGGAGACGGGAAAAGUUGACCAUCCCCAGUGAGGGUGCUGGAAACAUGCGUGUACACAGUGCCCCCGGCAGAUCACUCCUCGAGGUUACCCCGAUGUCAGACAGAGAUUUUGGCCGUUACAACUGUACAGCCAGAAACAACAUUGGGAUGCGCUUUCAGGAGUUCAUCCUAGCACAGGCAGAUGUUCCUUCAAACCCUUACUCUGUUCGGCUGGGCUCUGUGGUACAGCGCGUGGCCACAGUUACCUUCACGAAGCCAGACUCCCAUGGCGGUGUACCCAUCAGUCACUACCUGGUCAAAUACAAAGACAUCAGCUCACAAGACUGGAAGAAUGUGAAAUCACAAGGGACACAGACAAUAGUGUUGCUCACUAACCUUGAGCCCAACACUACCUAUGAGGUGAGAGUAGCUGCGGUGAACGGAAAAGGUCAAGGGGAGUUCAGCCGCACCGAGAGCUUUCAAACUCUGCCCAUACGAGAGCCGAGUCCCCCUUCAGUUCAGGGUCAGCGAGGGGUGGGGAAGGCAUACCGACUGGGGCUGGUCAAGCAGGAUGAUGGAGGAAUGCCCAUCCUGGAAUAUAUUGUCAAAUACAAAACAGAUAAAGAAGAGCAGUGGAUGACAAAACUGGUUCCAGGUGUGAAUGAUUUCGUGCUGCUGCAACCGCUCCAGUGGAAUACGCAGUAUGAGGUGGAAAUCACCGCACGCAACGUCAAAGGCCUGUCUGAACCCACCUUUGUGAAGUUCUCCAUGCCUCAGAAACCUGACAUCACAGAUUCGCUGUUCAGCGGCCUAGGCCUGGGUGCAGUGGUUGGGCUGGGCUUAGCUGGCCUGCUGCUGCUGCUCGUGCUAGUGGACAUCAGCUGCUUCUUCCUGCGCCAGUGUGGCCUGCUCAUGUGCAUCACCCGCAAGCUCUGCAGCAAAAAGACCGCCACAAGCGGCAAGAGCAAAGAUCUAGAGGAGGGCAAAGCUGCCUACCUGAAAUUGCCACUAAAAGAGGAAAACGGCAAGGAGACGCUGAAACCAGACACAAUCGAGAUCAAAGUUCACGGUGACAACAGCCUACACAUGACACAGGAGGACAGUAAAGCGUAAUGGAGGCCCUGCUAUCCUCUAAAAGAACAUACAAAGUGAGCCACCCGGAGACCAAUAGCAAGCAAACUAAUGAGAACACAAGCAAGAACACGCCAACCAAUUGUAAGAUCCUUUGUUAGAGACUCAUCGCAGGGGUAUCAGAAGAGGCUAUGCGAUAACUGCUUUGUGAAACAUUUUUCGGAGGUUGCCACUCAACAGACAGGCUCCUGUUUAUUUGUGCUUGUUCACGCUUGUUUUGGGCUUUUUGUUUUUCUGUUUUUUGGGGGGGGUUUUCAAGGCUUUGCUGUUGCUUUGAGUCUGAUUCUUUGUUACUUGAACAGGUUGGGUUUACGCUGUAAGCUUCAUGUUUUCUCUUGCUCUCUCUCAUUCCUAUUUUCUUUGGGAUCCGGCUGUUGCACUUUUCCAGUGUGGUUGUGCAAACAUCGCUUUUUAAUGCGUCAUAUCACUCAACAUUAUACAGUACGCGUGGAAAUCCCCCACCCUCUUUUUGCGGUCUGUGAUGUAGUUUGGAUUAACUGUUUGGGUAACGUGUUUAUUUUUUUGCCUUUUUGCCUCUAUAUGUCUCGCCCAAAUGCAAAGAAAUUACUGAAUGCUCAGUAGCAAAGCGAGGAUCAACCACAUUUGACCUCAAGCUACAUGGUACAUGGGUGGUCCCGGUAUUGAUCGCUGACACAUGCCCAAAUCUUCGGCUUGAACGAUGAAUUUUUCAUAGAUUACAAGUGCAUUUGUGGAUGAAAAUAUGUCCUUGUUUUCAAUGCUAUUGUUUCAUCAGAAUCAGAGGCGCAAAGUAUGUGUCAUACUUUCAUAUCAGGAUGUUUCAAAAACAAAAAAAAGCAUUUCCUUUAGAAACGUGUGAAAGUUUGUAAGUGAGUGCAUCUGAGCAUGGACGUGUUGUCUUUGGGGUGUUUGGAUGUGUGUACUAGCGAGCAUGGAUUGUAGAAAGAGAGCGUGACGUAAAGAAAGUAGAGGUUGCCAAGUCUUACGUGAAUAUAAGGAAAACAUAAAUACCUAUUCAAGUACACCAAUGUAAAUAUAGUUGUUAUUUCUUUGGAACGCUUCACAAAUGGAAAAAAUAUGACUC